AUGUGUCAGCGGAUAGUCGUGAACAAGAGAAGUUUUCCUUCAACAACAAGCGCCAAAAUUUUUACAAAGUCCACAGUUUUUCGUCUAGAUAACGUUUACACAGUGGUAUAACAUGUAGCUUUGGUAUAUUGAUUAACGUGUUUGAACUAUUUUGCAAUGAGGACUCGCUUCCGGCCUAAUGUGGCGCCUAGAGGUAGGUCAAAUAGGAGCAGUGGUUCGUCGAAUUCUAGGUCAACACCUUCCACACGAAGUACUAACAGUUCGACGGCUAGCGAGCAAAAUAAUGAAAGCGACGAAAGAUCCAACGAUGCAAAUAAAUGCUCAAGCACAGCAGAGAGCCAAGAUGAUGCUGGCAUAAUAACCUCAAAUGAAGGCUCAACUAAGGCUAUUCCUACAACAACCAAUGACUGUAAACCAGGGAGACGGACGAGAAUAAAACCAGCCGUGACAGUACGACCUCGAGCCAGUGAUAGGGGAGGCAAACAAAGCGCAAAUAAACCACUAAGUAAAACAAGUGAAAAUAUUACUGCAAGUAAAAUCCACUCAGUUGAACUGGUUAUAAGAACAUGUGACAGGAAUGACCUUGAGAGUGAACUAUUGGUAAACAACAAGCAAACAGAAGACCAUGUUGCUGAUUCACCAGAACAUGUUCCUUUUAUACCUAAUAGAGUCAAGGCUGCUAAUACACCUGUCGGAAUUGCACGAACAAAUGUCAUAUCUAUACACCAAUCCCCACAAAACUCUGUUUUGGGACCAGAUGAUACAACACAGCCCUUAUCUGGAAGUGGAUCAUUGAUCAGUAGGAGAAAAAGGAUGUUGCCUAAUCUUGUUAGCGCUUCAAGAAGGCGCAGGGCUGGCUCUGUCUCUAAAGACUCUCUAGACCAAGGGGAAUCCCCAGCAGUUGAUGUCCCGGUGGCAGAUGCUGUACUUGCUCAGGAUGUUGUUAUUGAAAGUGAAGUUAGUGCGGGCCAUUCUGAGUGCCACAAGCGUCAGCGGCGGUCAUCAGAAAUAGAGAACAUUAUGCCAGCAGAAAGCAGUGAACCGGAGCACAUGAGUGUGGAAGUCUCUACUACUGAGGAAGCUGCCUCUUCAACCAAACAGGCCGGGGAAGACCACCCCCAAGUGGAACAAGCUGUGAAAAAGCAUGAAGAACGAAGAAAGAAACCACUUAAACAUUACAAGCACAAGGAACCGCUUGACCCAAGUAGAAUGACUCUACAAGACUUGAUCUACUUCAAUCCCAAAGAAAACCCCAUGAAGUCUUCUCUUGAUACCAAAAGAAGGAGAGGAUCAAAAUCAGACAUCAUGUCAAGUGUUGGAGAUGCCAGUACUCCUCCCCAGUCCCCGUCUACUCCUGGGCCAUCACAGGCAACAGAUACUACCCCUGAGGGUGACACGCCCACCAAGAACAGCAGCGAUGACGUGUCCCUGGCCCCCCAGGUCAAGAUAGCUGAAGACGGCAGCAUUAUCCUUGACGAGGAAAGUUUACUUAUACGCACUUCACCGCAAAAGUCAGCAGAGGACAGGGAGCUUGUGUUUGAGGACUCUAACCAGAUGAACUAUGCUGCCUAUCUGAAGCAAAGAAAGAUUGGACGGUGGGGCAUCAAUGAGACGUUGAAAUUCUACAAAGCUCUCAGCCAAGUCGGUACUGACUUCAGUUUGAUGAUGCCUCUGUUUCCAAAACGUACACGAAAAGAAUUAAAGGCGAAGUUCAAACGUGAGGAAAAGCUGCACCGAGAUAUUAUCGACAAAGCGCUACAGACACGCCAGCCAAUAGACAUUGCGCAGUUUGCUGGGGUUGACGAGACAGACGAACAAGAAGACUCGGAUCUUAUAAGUGUGCUCAGUGAGAUAGAGCCACAGACAUCUACUAUUGGCAACACCGAAAUACGCGAAUCAGACGCGUCCAUUCCUCAAGGUGGGUCCAUUUCUCAAUGUGCAGCCAACCCCCAUCAAACGGAGGAGCAAACCUCAAAAAGCAAGGCAGAAGACGCGUACAACCGCAAUGAGUCGCAUGAAAUGGACGCGUCUAGUCGCGAACUUCCACAAAAAGAGGGCCAUGAAAGCCCAGAGCUGGAGAUUCGCAACAAAUCAUCGCUAAAGGAAGGCGUACACAAUCGCCAGAGCACACAGGGCGCAUUCAGCCCUGAAAGUCUACCGGAGUUAAAGACUCGCAAAACGCCACUAAAAGAGGACGCGUUAAACCGCAGGAGUGCUCAAAUUGCAGGCGCGGCCAAAAGUCAACAGCAAACACCAGCGCAGAACCGUAAAGGAGCACAACAACGGUCGAGCACAUUGAGAAGGAAAAUAGUCCCGACAGCGAACACGCGCGUCUCACGGCGCACAACAAGGAACUCUGAUUCAGCCACUAAUGGUUGAUGACUUUAUCCGACAACAAAGAACUCUGAUUCAACCACUAAUGGUUGAUGACUUUAUCCGCACAACAAAGAACUCUGAUUCAACCACUAAUUGUUGAUAACUAUAUCCGCACAACAAAGAACUCUGAUUCAACCACUAAUUGUUGAUAACUAUAUCCGCACAACAAAGAACUCUGAUUCAGCCACUAAUGGUUGAUGACUUUAUCCGCACAACAAAGAACUCUGAUUCAGCCACUAAUUGUUGAUGGCUGUACCUCUUAGUAAAAUGAGUAAAACAAGCAGGGCCUCUGACGCCCAGUGUAGGGAUGCAGGGGUUGUAGCGAAUGCGCGGCCUUGCUUGGCCUUUCUGACGUAUCUACCAUUUAUAUUCUUGUUCACGUUCUAUAUUCAAUAUUCACGUCUCCGUCCUGUGAUGGGCCAGUUUAAACUUCUUCCCUAGCCUUGGGUCUGUUUCUGUUAGCGAUUCUGAAACGUAUAGUUAUUCAAAUUAUUGUAAAUAUUCCACAACAAGGUAUUUAUCAUUCUCUCGCUAGUAGUUUUCAAGAGCAGUAAUAGAGGUGUUUAAUAUGAUGUAUAUGUGUAUGGAAAUCCUAUAUUUAAAAAGUAGAACAUUCAGAUUGAAAUUAAAUCACAAGGACUGCCUUAA